UGGUUCACCUUUAUAUCCAAAGUCUUACAUCAUAGCUCAAUGGCCAAUGGAAAACACAAUACCAACAUUUUGGAGGAUGAUUUGGGAGACCAAUGCAUCAGUGAUUGUAGUAUUAGGAGACACUGAUGAUAAGAACAACUUCUGGCCAGAGAAGGAAGACUAUCAGCUGCACCCAGCAGUGAUACUGGGAGAGUGGUACACUGACUCUCUCUAUGUUAGGACUGAUAAGGUUCAUCCUAACACCUCCGGAGUAGAGGGACUGUUUGAGGUAUCCAUGGUGAUACAUAGUUAUGAUGAUGAUGUCACUGAGCAAUUGAGCCUGUUUCAUUAUUCAACCUGGCCACAGAAUGGUGUGCCACAAAGUCCAGUUCACGUUGGUCACUUGUUUCAUCACAGUCUAGCAGCGAGGACAAGAGGGCCUCUAGUGAUAGUCAGUGCUCAUGGUGGGGGUAGAGCUGGUUGUUAUGGUGUUGUAUCAGUUGCUUAUGAGCUGUUGAAUAUGCCAGACACUCCUCAGUCGUUUGAUGCUGAUCCUAAUAUCAUAGACUCUGUGUUUAGAGGGUUACUGGGUCAGAGGCCAGGGCUCGUAGCCAAUCAGAGACAGUUUGAUUUCUGUCAUCGGAUUCUGGAGGAGUGUCUAUGGGGCGUGGCCUCAAAAGGAUUGGGAGGGACAGAGGAAAAGGGAAAAGGGACCGGACGAUUAUUUAACAUAUUCAAAAAGAAGAAGAGAACUAGUUAG